GUGGUUGUAUCGUCCCAAAACAUUCUUGGGAAUAUUCGAUCCUCGGUCAGCUGAUCAGAUCAACUCGACUCAUGACUGCUGUUCAAUAUUGGGCGGCGGCGCAUUACUUCUUCACAAUGUUAAUCGAUCCAUGAUAGAGCGAUAUGUGUGUGUAGCGCGGCAAGGCUCAAAUUCUGUGCAGAGGAUUGUGCAUUUCAGACUCGACUAUUCAAGCUGGUAUUCUCUGGACCUCUUUAACAGUGUCUUUUGGGGAGGUGUAGCGACGGCUGUACUUGCCUGUUCCUUCUCCUUCCUUCUGAACAUCACAUGGAUUCUGACAAGGAAAAGUAUCCUUUGGUGGAUCCAACGCAUGCUGAAGCCUAUCUGCUCGUUCGUAAAAUGCGGUGGCAAAAGCUAUGGAGAAGUACCGUGCACGGCAAAUGGAAGGUUUGCAAGCAAAGUACACCCGAAGAAUGCAGAUGGUUCGCGAAAAUUACCAUGCGCAGGUGGAACAGCUGCGACUUUCGUACGCUUCACAAGCGGAGAAAUUCCGUGA